AUUCAUUCAUUUUACAACUGCGGUGGUAGUUUGCGUUUUCAUUACGUUUAUUUUCUUUUGUCUCAAGCACAUUAUUUAGAUAACGUGUCUUUAUUUAUUAGUAAAAACGCUAGAUUUCGAUAUUGUACUUUUAGGAUAAUAAGUGAAUAACACGUGUUGUGCUGUGCUUGCGGAUUCACGCAUCACUCGUCACAAUGGAAAACCUUGAUCAAAGCAAUAAUAAAAACGUGUCGCUAAGUUUAAUAUCAGAGUAUGGUGCUUCAGAUUCUGAUUCGGAUGAUACCGAAACCCAGUCGAAUACUGGGAAUGAGGAUUCGGACGCGGCAGAGUUGAGUGAGAUGGUGAUGAAGAAUAAUAUAAUAAAUGCCUGCGCUCACGGGCCGCUGUCGAGGCCCAGUGAUCGGGAGGAUGUGUCCACGAGGCAUAUGAUAAUAGACAGCUGUGAGAGUGGUGUGGUGGAGUACGAGGUGACGGAGUACAGGGAUGUCGACAGCGACUCUGACUCGAGCGACAGUGAUAGCGACGUUGACUCCGUGAAGGGUGUAGAAGAGCUCUCAAGUGGUGACGAAGACAAUGUAAGCCGAACAGAGAAGCCAGAAACUCCCAGAGUACAGGGGGAGCUGGAGUUGGACGACUUGCCGCCUAUUGAGGAUCUGGCCAUCAGCCUGCCCGCUCACGAAACUACCAAAAUUGGGACUAUUGCUAGCAUUGUUGACAGGCUAGUGAUAGUCCGUGCAUUUCCUGACACGCCUGCAGUUGAUUUGGACAGCGUUCUAUUCCUGGAUAGUGGAGCCAAGACACUAGGGAAAGUCUUCGAUGUUUUUGGCCCUGUGACAGAGCCGCACUACUGCGUGCGUUUCAACUCGCGCUCGCACGCGGCUUCGCGCGGCGCGACUGUCGGCUCCGAUGUAUAUUAUGCACCACGCGCACCGCACACCAGCUACGUGUUCCUGUCUGAACUGCUCAAAGUGAAAGGCUCCGACGCAUCGUGGCUGCACGACGUGGAGCCGCCGCCCCACCAGAUCGAAUACUCCGACGACGAGGAGGAACGCAAAGCGAACCGAGCCAGAAAGGAGGCUAAGCAAGCGCACAGGGAGGACUCCGACACCGGGGAGACUUCGAGAAACCGCAAGCCGCCCGAGAGACGAAGCGGCAGGCCGUCUGAAUCCAGCAGCAGAUUCGGCAGCGGCCCCAGCAGAGGACGAAACCCCUUCGCGGCCAGACGGAGCAACCCUAACUCGGCUCCACGGUUCACGUGCGCGCGUCCUUGGCCCGAGACGCGCGAGCGCGCCGAUUACAGGCCCGGGCCUUUUAGCGCGCCGCCUGUAUUCACGGGCCCGCCGAUGUUUCCGCCGCCUUUUAACCCGCACACGCCGCCGCCAUUCCUCGGUCCGGCCCUGUACGUCGGGCGUCCCCCGCUGCCCCUCGGCUGGGCCCCCCAGUGGGGCACCGGGGCCCCGCCGCCCCCGCCCGGCACCUAAGCUGGGGUCUCAGUCGAUAAGCCUAUCUCGUAAUAAUUAGUCAUUAGCUAGCCGUAAUCUAACAAUGCUAAAGUGUUGUCAUCCAAAAAUAAAUUUAUAUUUAUAUGAAAUAAAUAGUUAUUGUGGUAA